CUCCUUCCUCUGCCUCUCUCAGUCUCUUCUUCACCUCCUCUCCUUCACUCCACUGAUCCUGCACUCUGAGGAUGGAGACGUCGGUGAAAGCAGCCAAGGUGUUGGCGCCCCCCCAGCCUGAUGGAGGCGCUGAGAGCACUACAGGUGAGGUGGCAGCUCCUCCUGCAGCUUCCCCCUCCUCCUCCGACCCCAUGGAGGUGUUCAGGAGACGUCUGGAGGACAUCAUCAGCACCCACGGCUCUGCAGCCGAUCUGCUGGACAACCAGAGUGUGAUGGAUGCAGAGAUGGAGAAGAUGAAGAAGGAGCCUAAAGAUGACAUCCCGGUUGCCAUGGAGACAGAGGUCUGUCUCAUCAUGAAGAGUCUGAACAAGCUCUCUACUCCAGAGAAGAAACUGGAGGAUGUGGUCCGGAAAUAUGCUGAGCUGGCGACCCAGCGGCGUGGCGACGAGAGGAAGCUGUGUGUGCUGCAGCAGAGGUUGACCGUCCUGCUGGACGAGCGGCAGCAGCUGCAAGAGGAGAGACGCAGCAGCGCCGCCGCUCGCAGCAAACUGGAGACUCUGUGCAGAGAGCUGCAGGGACACUACGACGAACUCAGGGAGGAAACGCUGAAGCGCUGCAGGGAGGACGAGGAGAAGAGGACGGAGAUCACCAGCCACUUCCAGAUGAUGCUGACGGAAAUCCAGACCCAGAUCGAGCAGCACAGCACCCGAAACGACAAGCUGUGCCACGAAAACAGCAACCUGACCGACAGACUGGAGAGUCUCAUGAACCAGUGUGAGAUGAGGGAGGAGGGUUUGGAGAAGAUCAACAAGCAUCGCGACCUGCAGCACAAACUGACUGAAGCCAAACUGCAGCAGAGCAACGCUCAGCUGGCUGAAGCCGAGGAGAAACACAAGAGGGAGAAGGAAUAUUUACUGGUUACGGCUGCUGAGUGGAAACUGCAGACUAAAGCACUCAGAGAACAGGGGACUAUGAUGCAGUCACAGCUGACCCUCUACGCUCAGAAGUUCGACGAGUUUCAGGAGACGCUCGCCAAAAGCAACGAAAUCUACGUCCGUUUCAAGAAGGAGAUGGAUAAUAUGUCAGAGAAGAUGAAGCAAAUGGAGAAAGAGUCAGGUCUGUGGAAGACGAGGUUCGAGAGCUGCAACAAGGCUCUGACUGACAUGAUUGAGGAGAGAUGCGAUAAAAACAAAGAAUACGACGUGUUCGUCUUGAAGAUCACGAAGCUGGAGAGGUUGUGUAAUGCCCUACAGAGAGAGAGGGCAAUCCUCUAUGUCAAGAUCAAGGAAGUCCGCAAUGCUAACUCCGACAUUGCAACAAAGAUCUUCGGGAACGCUCUCCUCGAUGAUGAAACCCCCCUCCCUGAGAGUGAGGACAAAUCUGCCACACUGACCCCUGUGGAGCUCCAGGAGCUCCAGAAGGAGGACCCGGUCUUAACGAAGGACAUGUCCCGUCUGAGGGAGGAGCAGGCCAAGCUGCAGGAGAUUGCCGCCUCCCUGUUGGCCACAACCGGCGACAAUGACGAAGAGGGCAAAGACGAUGCGGACCCCGAAGAAGACUUGAUGGAAGCUGCGUUUGUCCAGUUCAAAACCAAAACUCAGGUCAAAGAGGAGGCAAUUUCUGUCCAUGUAGAAGUCAAAUCAGAGUCAGCAGAAUCAGUUCUCCCUCAGCCAGAUAAAGUUGAGGAGGUUCAAACGCCAGCUACACCGGUGGAGAACGCUUCUGAAAUGAUCCCAACAGACACAAAACCAGAAGUAGUAAAAGUUCAAACUCAAGUCAAGGUGCAAUCAGUCAAACCAGAUGAGGAGAUCCAGCAGCAACCUUCUGAACCGGUGCCGACAUCUGAGUCUGAGAAAAUCAAGAUCAAUCCACCAACAGAGCCAAAACCAGAAGCAGCAGAGGCUGAGAUCUUGGUCAAGGCCGGUAAGGUCAAACCAGUGGUCCCAGUGGAAGACCUGAAGGUCCCGGCUGAACCAGUGCAGGCACCAGAAGAAGCAGCAACCAAGUCUGAGUCAGCUACACCCUCCAAAAAUACACCUAAAACAACCGCCUCCUCCAACGCAGAGUCCUCCAAGAAGCAAACACCGAAGAAAAAGAAGAAGAAGAACGGCAAGAAUGCUAGCUAAAGUUUAGGAUGAGCAGAAGGUGUCUGUGUGUGUGGUGUUAUUCAGGGUAUAGUGUGUGAGUGUGUAACUGAAAUCAUCCUGUGCCUUUGUGCCUUUUGUAAAAGUUUAAGUCUUUAGUUUGUCCCAACUGGUGAAACCGAAGUGUUGUCACUGUCACUUUUCUCAAGAUUCAAUGUUACCAGAUGAGGAAGGACAAAUAAACUGACUGUAUUUUACAGUUUGAAUGUCUAAAUGUAACAUUUAGUUUGGUCUGGUUCGAGGGAAGGAAACGCUUUACUGAAGUCUAAAAUAUUAAGUGUUAACAAAAAGGGCCUUAAAGAGUGAAUGUUUUUGCCUUAUAAAGCAAAAUGCCAAAACAAAACCAUUGGUUGGUAUCUAAGCCAGUAAAAUUGCAGUGUGUCUCUUUUAAACUAGAAAUCACAGCGACUCUAAUAAAGUCAUUUUUCGACAAUUUUA